AUGUUGCCCGCCUUCUUCCUUCUCGCGGUCGCCUGCAGCGCCUGCUACGCUCUCGACAAUGGCGUGGCUCUCACGCCGCCCAUGGGGUGGAGCACGUGGAACACGCUGGCGUGCGACUAUGACGAGGGCGACCUGCGGGAGAUCGCCGACAUCAUGGUCAAGACGGGCCUCACCAAGCUGGGCUACGUCUACUUCAACAUCGACGACUGCUGGGAGGACGGACGCGACGCCAACGGCCGCCUCCGCUACAACGCCACGCAGUUCCCGUCCGGCAUGCACGGCUGGGGCCAGCACCUCCACAGCCUCGGCAUGAAGUUCGGCAUCUACACCAGCAGCGGCCAAUACACGUGCAGCGGCUUCGAGGGCAGCUGGGGACACGAAUUUGAGGACGCGCAGACGUUUGCCGACUGGGAGGUGGACUUCAUGAAGCUGGACUGCUGCAACACGUCCGUCGAGAUGAAGAACGUGUCCUACCCCAAGUGGUCCAAGGCGCUCAAUGCCACCGGCAGGCCCAUCGUCUACAGCUGUGAUACGGACGAGCUCAUCGGGAUCUUCCCGUGGACCAACGAGGAGCGGCCGUGGGAUUGGGCGCCGCCCGUGUGCAACAUGUGGCGCACCUGGAAGGACAUCAAGCCCUACUGGUGGUCGUGGACCAUGAACCUGGCCUUCAACAUCGAGACGUGGGACCUGCUCGAUCUGUCAACCAUCGCCAAGCCGGGCGCGUUCAACGACCCGGACAUGCUGGAGGUGGGUGUCGGGGAGAUGACCUACGAGGAGUCCAAGUCGCACUUCUCGCUGUGGGCGAUGAUGGCCGCGCCCCUCAUCCUGGGCAACGACCUGCGCCACAUGACUACCGAGACGCUCGACAUCAUCACCAACGCCGAGGUCAUCGCCAUCGACCAGGACCCCCUGGGCCGGCAAGGCCGCCGCGUGCUGCAGGGCAUCGACAGCGACAUCUACGCCAAGCCCCUCGUCGGCGGCGCCAUCGCCGUCGCGCUGUGGAACAAAGUCGACUACCCCGUCGACAUCACGCUCAACUGGUCCGACCUCGGUUUCGCUCCGGCCAAGACGAUGGCGCUGCGCGAUCUGUGGGCACACCGCGACCUGGGACCCCACACCCAGUCGUACACGGCCAAGGCCGUGGCUCCCACGGGCGUGGUCGUGCUCAAGCUCAGCCCCGUCCCCGGCCAACCGCCCCUCCACCAUCUCCUCCUCUCCACCUAA